CAGGGAUGAAGAAUAGUUGGCCAACCAUUAAAUUUCCUUCGGAGUCCGGAAGUGAGUGUCACCACGUUCAAAUCGGAACUUGUAAACAGGGAUCACCUUGAGAUGUUCUCAGGGUAUCAGGAGCGGGAGGACUAUGAGGACGAACUGUACCGGGAUGAGACAGACUCUGGUUUGUCUGACGCUGACAGCGAGCUGGAGUUCCGGCUCUAUUCCCAGCUGCACUACAACGCUGAGAUCCAGGAGGACCGUGAGGACUCGAGAGAGGUCCAGUCAUCAGUACCACGGACUCAGCCACAGCAGAAGUCCUUGCCUCCUGCUCCACCUGUAGAUGUUAUUGUGAUUGACUCCGGCCCAGAUACCAUCACAGUGUCAGACAACACAGAGGAAGAUGACAGCGUUUGUGCUAACAAAGGUCAAUCAUCAAAAUACUGGAAAAGGAAGUUGCAUCCCAAUAGCUUACUUUCACCCUGUCCACCACAAGUUCAAACAGGAAGGAGCUCUCCAGACGAUAUUGUGCUGUUGGAUUCUGAAUCUGACGAGAGCUCUUCUGAAUCUAUACCUCCUUUUGUGGAGGAUCUGGAUUCGGACUCAGACUCAGAUGUACUGGAGAACUGGAUGAUUCUGGGUCAGGAGAAACAAGAUGAAGAUCAGAGCAUCCAACUCAACAUCUCCAAAUUGGAAAAUCCAGAACAUGGAAAUGAUGGCGGGAAUAUACAAACCUGGACUAUAUCAGAAAAGGAUAAAUGGGCUCAGAUCCAUAAUAAAGGGGUUGGCCUGAGGCGUGUUUCAAACCGCUUCUCAAACCGUUACUACACUGAAAAAUCCAUCACGUGUCACAACUGCAGAAAGACCGGCCAUCUCUCCAAAAACUGCCCCACACCAAAGAAGAUGCCAUGCUGCUCAUUAUGUGGGCUUCAGGGACACUUACAGAGGACCUGUCCGAGCCGUCACUGUUAUAACUGUUCGCUGCCCGGCCACACCUAUGAUAACUGUCUGGAGAAAGCUCGCUGGCACAAAUGCUGCCACCGCUGUGGCAUGACCGGGCACUUCAUUGACGCCUGCCCAGAAAUCUGGAGACAGUACCACCUUACGACCACUUCGGGACCUCUCAACAAGUCCAGUGAUCCAGAGGCCUGCAGGAAACCUGCCUACUGUUAUAACUGCUCUAAGAGAGGACACUUUGGGCAUGAAUGCUCGCAGAGGAGAAUGUAUAACGGGACGUAUCCCACCCUGCCCUUGAUUACUUAUUAUGACACAACAAAGGACAUCAAUUGUCGGGAGAACAGACUAAAAAAGAAGGCCAGAGAUCUUAAGGAUGCCGGAUUGCUUACCACCGAUGGAGGCGGUUUUACAUCUACCCCUCAACCGCCCAGGAAGAAACAAAAAACCAGCCACAAACAGUCUCCGUACCCACACAACACUCACACGAACAACCAGCACACACCGAAGCGACGCAUCGCACACACGCCCAAACAUCACCAACACUUGAGUGUCAAGCAGAACUCACAAACACCAGGGAGCCACGGCAAAGGCAAGUUUAUACCACAACAGCAAAGCCAGAAGGAAGCCAAAAAGAAGAACAAGAAAAAAUCUUCAGUUAUAGUUUUAGAUGAAGAUGCAGACUUUCCUAGAGGGGGCAAAAAGGGCCCUCACGGGACAGGGUUUUUUUCGUCUCCUCGGAAAUUCAAUAUGAAGCUGAAAAAGGCCUUUGAAAUAGAAAAGAACAAUAAAAAGAAAACGGAAACAAAAACGAAAAAGAAGGAGAGGAAAUUGAAAAAGAGACAGAAAAAAGCAGCAAACGAUUCUUCCGUGUAUCCAUCUGAUGAAAACCUUUUUCAGAUUAAACAAAGAAAGGGUAAAAAACGUUCCUAAAAACGCCAGAGUAUGUGAACCGGACUCACCAAUGCUGGCUUUUUCAGGAUGGCUGGUUGCUUUUGGUACGUCGUCUUCCAUCCACGUUUUCAUGUACAGUAUUAGAGCUUUUUUAGGAUAACUAAUAAACGCGAAUCAGACCCUCUUGCCCAAAUACAAUUAAAGUGCUGUUGAAUAUUGUGAAUGUAAAAUGGAUCACAUCUCAUUUUAAAGGUUAAAUAAAUAGGGAAAACAAAUGAAUAUUGAAAUUGCUAAUUCACUGUCAGUGUUUGGUGCGUUUCACUUUCACAGAAUUGUAAAAGAAUUAUUAACCGCUUGGCUGCAUUACACAAUGUUUUUCAUGUACUAAACUGACAUAAGAAAUAAAAAGUGCUUAGUUUCGAUUAGAUAUAGCAAACAUCAUAUAGUUUUUUUAGUGAUACGUGUCUGCUUGUACAUGAUGAGUUCUCUUAUUUUAUGAACUUGCAGAGUUCUGUAACAUCAUGAUUAAAUUAAAGUUUGUUUGUUUGUUUUGA